CACAUCCAUAAUUGUAGUCAUAGCGGGUCAUAGAGGAGAGGACGGAGGGUUGGACAGCUCUGACUUUUACCCUACAUACCGGCUUGAGUCUCCGGUUAUGACCCGGCAACUAGGGAGCGUCAGGCGUGGAGAACACCAACCGGCGGGGUUUUAACCAGCAGGUGGAUUCCUGCUGUUGAUCCACGCCUUAUGAUCCGAUGGAACGUCGCGGAGAGGAGUGGCUAACAUCUCAUCUGUAACAUUUAGCCGGUGGUGAUGAAGGCAGGUUAUGGUCAUUGUUGAGUCUCUGUCAGCUUCUGUUUAGUUUUCUGCAGUAGCCGGGUAGACCACUACCAUGUUUUUGUCUCAUGUGGAGCUAUGGAGAACAUGCUGGGAGUGUGUAUCCGGACUUUACACCGUGUUCAUCUGCUCCGCUACGGCCGCACUGUAUCUGUGGGGCCGCAAGUGCCAGACGCCGGCCUUGGUUUGCAGUGAGACUUUCUAUGCGUUCCUCAACAAACACUGUCCAGUGGUGGCUGAACGCUUCAGUCCCACUCCAUGGUGUUGGGGAGGCCGCCUUCAAACCCUGGUCUGUGCCCUCCUCAAGUCCAGACCCCCCGUAACGUACCGCAAUGAGCUGAUUCGUACCGUAGACGGUGGGCAGAUAUCUCUGGAUUGGGUGGACAAUCAGACUAGUGUGAACUACCGAGAAUCCUCUACUCGGCCCACAGUACUGAUCCUCCCAGGCCUGACGGGCAACAGUCAACAGUCCUAUGUUCUCCAUGCUAUCAGACAGGCCACCAGCCGAGGAUACAGAUGUGUGGUUUUCAACAACAGAGGCGUUGCAGGUGAAGAGUUGCUGACGCCUGUCACCUACUGUGCAGCCAAUACCUCUGAUCUUGAGUGUGUGGUGCAUCAUGUCAAAGCGCUUUACCCUCAAGCUCCUGUGCUUGGUGCUGGUGUGUCUAUGGGAGGCAUGAUAUUAUUAAACUACUUGGCUCGGAAGCGCUCGGAGUCAGGGAUGGUGGCUGGUUUUACCAUCUCUGUCCCCUGGGAUGCAAUGAAGUCCUCUGACUCGAUGGAAGAACCUCUCAACUGGCUGCUGUUUAACAAACACCUCACAAACGGCCUGUGUCACGCUGUGCGCAGGCAUAGGAAAGUUCUGGAGAAAGUGGUGGAUAUCGACCAUGUCCUAAAGGCGCGUUCCAUCCGUGAGUUUGACGAACGCUUCACAACGCUGCUGUUUGGUUACAAAUCUUGUGUAGAGUACUAUCGUGACGCCAGCCCGGCCAAAAAACUCCCCAACACAACUGUGCCCAUCCUGUGUCUCAAUGCUGCAGACGACCCUUUUUCUCCACAGAAUGCCUUCCCACUGACUAUAGUCCAGGCCCUGCCUAAUGUCGCCCUUUUGAUCACAACCCACGGUGGACACAUUGCCUUCCUGCAGGGUUUGUUUCCACGUGGUGAAAGCUACAUGGAGCGACUGUUUGGUCAGUUUACCGAAGCUGUAUUUGAACACUCUGUGGACCUGAACAAAGCCUGUUGCAUCAACAAGGAGCUCAUAAGCUGAUCCUCCUUCACUCUGGUGCUCUGCAUGUCUGCUGGAACCGAAUAAAUACCAGAACGGCACUGGAUGUGAUGAGUAUGCAGUCAUUGCCCUUACAUCAGUGGAACACUACAAAAAAUGUAGCUUUGCAUGAUCACAGAAAUGCUCAUAUUAGUACAGUGAAUGAUCAACUGUACUGUACAGCAGAUCACUUGAAUGCAGCUCUUCAUGUCUACCUCAUCAUUUCCUCAGGUUUGUCUUCAGUGAUCAAUCAAAGAACUCUAAAAAAAAAAAAAAAACACCAUUGUCAGCGUCAGUUUUGACAUGUUUAAUGGUAGACUGAAACAAACAUGCUGAAUGUGAUUUGUGCACACUGCUUAUUAGAAUAUUUUUUCACCGUCCUGUAUUUUCUUUGAGAUGGAUGUUGAAAAGUUAAUGACUAAACUGUGUAUAAGACUAAGCUCUGUUUGAGCCUGAACUAUUCUUAUUUGCACACUGAUGGUUUUUAAGACAGUGGUGAUUCUUGUCACCAGUAAUCAUGUUCGUCUGGUCUGCUUUGCAUUCCUACACAUCAGAAGUUUGUAAUGGGUAGUGUCUUGUGAUUUGAGGGCAUUUGCAUUGACUUUAACCACUGAUUUUACAGUUUAAAAAAAAAAAACUAAAAGAAAGAAAAAAGAAUAAAAUGACCUGUUCAGUGCAGCAGUAAUCUGUAUGUUUACUAAAUGCCUGGUCAGACACUGAAUAUGUUCAUGGUUUUAUUGUUUGUAAUUAGCUUUAAAAAUAAAGUGCUGAUACAUCCACAGAGACCACUUAUACCAAUAUCCAUUAAAGUAUUAUUAAUUUAUUGUAUCUGUUGCUGCAGUUAACUUGACUAUUUUUAAUCUCAUGAAAUGGUGCUGAUUAUUGACUGUAUUAAGACUAUAUGAUGUAUUAUUUUCAUUUUUAUUGUUUUUUUUCCACAAAAUCAAGGUUUGUUUUCUUUUUGCAGCUGUGCACCAUGUUCCCAUGCCUUUAUUUUUGCCUUUUUAAUUUAAGAUGCUUUAAUAUUAUUUAAUAUUAAAUGAUGUUAUGUUGCGUUCAUGAAGUUUGCUGUAUCACUUUAAGAACACUUUGCAUUAAGGAUUGUAGAAACCUCAUAUGUGAUCAAGUUACACAUGCAAUAAAGAAUAAUAAUG